GAUUGAGAAGAUUGAUCUCCAAGGUUUACAAAAAGAAGCAGUUUCAAAUUGUCUGAAUAAGUUGCCUAACAUUAUAGACGUCCUAGGGAUGAGUGUUGAGCAAUCUGCCAAUAUACGCGAAUUACUCGAGGCAGUUUUUGGAGGUUUCAUUCCUCCCGGAACAUCGGUUAAGUACUUACAAAAGUUGCAGAAAGAUUAUGGUGUAGGUUGCUUACAGAAAAUGUACCCGAGCAAUAGCAAGGAAUGGGAGGUAACAAGAGUUGUGUUUGUUGCAAGUGCCUCUCAAUCACUGCCGACUGCAUUAGUCGAAAUCGUCCGAUGUUUAUUAGAAUCUCACGACCAGGCAACAGGAUAUUUCAAAUACAAUAUUGACCUGUUCGUAGUCAUCACAAAGUGUUAUUUAGUGGAAGGGUUCAACACUUCUGAAAAGACAUCGGAAUCAAACUGAUUAAACGCCACCAGUUUAAGGGGAUGGAGAAUGAAGUUGCAAAAGAGUUCGGUAUAGGCGGUGCUAUGGAACAUAACAGCAUCUGUUGGCAGAGCUAUGUGGACGGCCGAUGUUUGGAUGAUCCGUACAUCGACAAUAUAGCUCUCAAGUUCGUGAGGCAGAUUAUGCAACCUAGACGAAGAAGACAUCCGGUUGAGAGUAAUAAGACGCCUGU